AUGAAACCAACAAGCAGCACCAAGAACUCUAGAAACAUCCAUGUAUUUCGAGUGAAUCGCUCUGUGAAAACCAAAGAACGACAGCAGAGUAAUACAAACACAAAGCCUGCUGCCGUGAAUUCUCGGACCAGUUUAUCUGCUGAAACAAAGCGAUUGAUAUGUGAAGACCAUGACAGUAAUCCAAAGUAUACGCAGGAAGCUCUUGCAAAGAAAUACGGCUGCAAACGAACUACUGUUGCAAAAAUUAUAAAGUCCAAGGAGAGAUGGCUAUCCAUUGCUAGCGAUGCUGCUAUUGCUAAACGCUUUCGCCAAAGAGGCUCAAGAUACCCCCUAGUAGAAAAUGCAUUGGUGUUGUGGCUAGAGAAAGAAGACAACUUGGCCAGCAUCACAGAUCAAAUGCUUCGAUACCAAGCUCGCCAGUACGCUCAAACUUUCUCAACGGAAGGGUCGAUAGGUUCAGAGGAUUUUAAGGCAUCAAGCUCUUGGGUGGCCAAUUUCAAGCAAAAAUACUUGAUUCCUAAACUAGCGAAAUUAGAGAGCGAGAGUCCGAAAUCAGAGUCGAAUCAUGUUCCUGAAUCAAUCGAAAUAAGAGGCCAACACAGAGGCACUUACGGAAACUCUGUGCAUAAUUUUACAUCCGUUUUUUCUGUGGGACCACCACUGCCAACAAAAGCACAACAUGUACAUAUCCCAUCAUCGGAUCCCACGUCAAACUCAACGGACAGCCAUACAACUGUGGAAGAGUGGAGCCCUGAAAACAAAGGCUCUGCUGGUGAAGAUGACAACACAUCCACCGUGUCAUCUUAUGCUGUUGCUGAACACGAAAAAGACUCAGAAAUAUCGUCGACAGAGCAAGAUGAAGAGCUUGAGGAAGCUGCCGUGGACUAUACAGAUGAUUUUGAUGAACCCAAUUUUGGCAAUGAUACAGCCAAAGCAUCCGCCGACGUGCUAACCCCACAGGUAACUCAACGUGAUCACACUACUGAAUCUACGCCUCAACCAUCACUGCCACCAUCUCUGCCAAAUAGCUCCAAAUUGAGUGCCAAAGAGCAUCUGGAGGCAGCAUUAGCAUUUUAUACCAGCCAAAACGACAGUAGCACAUCCAUGUCAGCCAACAUGAUUAAACUCAUUCUUCAAAACGAUUUCGUAUAA